CAGCACUCCGAGGGGAAGCUCCGCCAGUCGGGGAUGAGCCAGGCGGCUGAAGCCAAACUGCAGGUCUCCUCUGGGAGCCUCUGGAUUUGCUCUGGGAGCCACUCCGAGACUGAGGUGAUGGUCCUCGACGCCACGCGGGCGAACCACGUGCUGGAUCACUUCACCAUCGCCAACUGCCGGAUCCUCUGCAUUGCCAGCGUGCCAGCUCACCCCGGCGCACAAGAGGAGAGGGAACCGAGCUGGCGCCAGGCAGCGGCCUCCAGAGACCCAGCCUCCCAUGGGCACACCAGCGCGGAGCCGACAGUAUGGCUGGGAUCCCAGAGCGGCAGGUUGUUUCUCCACCUGACCGACUGCUGUCGAAGACGGUGUCUGCACCUAGUCCAACUGGCCGAGUGUGUCCACAGCAUCGUGUACACCGGAGGAUUUGUGGUGGUAACUCUGGGGAACGGAAUGUUAGAAAUCUUCCACAGGAACCCAGACGGGACUUGGGACCUGACGGGUCAUCGCUCUCUCGACCUGGGGCCCCCCCGGCAUUCAGUGCGCUGUGUGGUCUCUGUCUCCGACGGGGUCUGGUGUGGAUACAGGAACCGGGUCUACAUCAUCAACCUGAAACACCUCAAAAUCCAGAAAUGGUUCGAGGUGACUCCCCACCCGGAGAGACAGGUCCGACACCUGGCCGGUCAGGAUGAGGGGGUCUGGGUGUCGGUCAGGUUGGAGUCGGUGCUACGCCUGUUCCACACUCACUCAGCACAGCUGCUGCAGGAGGUCAAUAUCCAGCCUUUUGUCACUAACAUGUUUGGUUCGCGGCCCCCUGGUCUCUCCCUACUCCAGGUGACGGCCCUGUCCGUGAUCUGCGAGCGGCUGUGGAUCGGGACAGGGACCGGGUUCAUCGUCUCGGCGCCCCUUUCGGCCGAGCUGGCGGCCGGUUCGAUUCCGAAAAUCAGCAACGGCGCUCCUGCUGGCCAGGAGGACCCACUGCAGGGGGUAGCGGUGCCCUCCACCAUCCCAUACUGCGCCAUGUCCUUGGCCCAGAUCUGUUUCCAUGGACAUCGAGAUGCUGUGAGAUUCUUUGUGUCAGUUUCAGUCAGUGGCCCAGCCAGUCAGAGAGUUGGAGUAGCAGCUGACAGAGCCUCACCUCCUCCGAGUGAAGAGGAGACGACAGUCUUGGUUGUAAGCGGAGGUGAGGGUUACAUCAACUUUCGGAUCGGCGAGGCCGGUGAGACUUACCGCGGGACCCCAGCAAUGCUGAAAUCCGAACGCAGCCACCUGGUCGUCUCGAGGGUGAGAACCUGAACCCAGCCUCCCGGGAUCGUGCUGCACCCACCCGCCGGCACUGACGCACCUCCCUCGGUGUCUGUGGCAAGCCGUCGGGGGCCCUGUACCCCACAGCCUGCCACCCUCAGGAUCAAAUCGACCCUUCUCUCCCCCACCCCCGACUCUCCCCGAGGAAGCCGUUGCAAACUCCGACCUCGCGAGUGACGGCAGAGCUGGUGGAGUGGAGGGGGCGAUGCACGCUACAGUCGAACAGCUGCUCCCUCCCUCCCUUCACAAGUCAAGGUGUCUCUUCAGGAGCACGGGGGUCCAAUCGAUGAUGAUGCUGCUGCUCGUCCCUUCUGUCUCGGAGAGAGAGAGAGAGAGUGAUGAUUAUUUUUUUUUUAAAAAUCUGACCUGAUCUAUUUUCUCAAUAAAUCGAAUCGAGUGAUUUGCGAUCUUGUGAAA